AACAAAUCAACGACUUGCUCAAGUGUAUCGCUAUUAUAUGAGAUAAUCACCUCUUUGUGGUAGUCGCUAAUUCUGAAUACAGUCCGGAUAAUCACUAUCAAGCGCAAUCAUGACAACGCUGGACGAUCUCAAAGUCUCCUCGCUAUUUGACUUCAAAAACCACAUCGUCCUCGUCACUGGUGGCGCGACAGGUUUAGGGGAAGCAGCGGCUUCAGGCUUUGUGGCCAACGGAGCUCGCGUCAUCAUCGCGUCUCGAAAGGAAAAAGAACUUCGCAGUACGACUGAUCGGAUCAAUUCGACCUUUGGCGGUACUUCCGGUGGGAGAUGUGAAUACAUCGUGGCUGAUCUCAAGGACAAAGCUGGAUGCGACGCUCUUGUUGCUGAAGUCAAGAAGCGCGUGGACCGACUGACCGUUUUGCUCAACAACGCCGGCGUCACAUGGGGUGCACCCUACGAUGACUUCCCAGAAAGCGGCUGGGAUAAGGUCAUGGCUCUCAAUGUGAAGGCCAUUUAUUAUAUGACUGUUGGAUUACAGCAGCUUUUGCAGAAGGGAACCAAUGCAACUAUGCCUAGUCGAGUGAUCAACGUCUCUAGCGUCGCUGGAUUGAGCACCGGAGACGUUACAAGUGGUGAUGAAGGAGGGUUGAGUGCCCCCGGUUCUGGCCCAUUCAGCUACGGCCCCAGCAAGGCUGCAACAAUACAUCUGAGUCAGUUCCAGGCUAGUAAACUCGCUCCUCUCAACAUCAUGGUUAACUGCAUCUGCCCGGGUCUCUUUCCUUCACGGAUGAGCAAUUACGGAAUACAGAACUUCGGGGAUACGAUGCUGUCAAGACAACCCACGGGAAGAAUUGGAAAGCCUGCUGAUUUUGCCGGAUUGGUACUAUUUCUCAGCAGUGCGGCCUCUGCACACAUGACCGGAAAUGUGAUAACGAUUGAUGGAGGAAGUCACGUCAGCGGCUGGAAGCGUAAGGUCCAAACGGAGAGCAAGAUGUAGCGCUACCUGGGAUAAAGUGCUGUGGUUCAAAGGAGCAUUCUCUCAAAUCCGAUAGAAAAGAAUCACUGUAAAGAUUUUUAAGAACUCAUGUUGAACGAGUAAGGGAACGAUUUCUAGCAGCUUUUUGUUCUUCAAUCUCACCAUUUGAAG